AGCCUACGGGGCCUCGCUUCGCCUGGGAGAGGGGCGGGACCCUGUCUGCGCUUCCGGUUUCCGGCUGUGGGGGGAAGGGGCGUGGUCAGAGCCAGGGUGGGAGAGUUUGGCGGCAGCGGAGGAGCGUGCUCGGUUCUGUGAGAAACUCGGAGAGAAGCUCACAUUUCGCUGUUGGAAAUCUUCUAACAACAGGAUGAGCCUGCAGUGGACUGCAGUUGCCACCUUCCUCUAUGCAGAGGUCUUUGCUGUGCUGCUUCUCUGCAUUCCCUUCAUUUCACCCAAAAGAUGGCAGAAGAUAUUCAAGUCCCGGCUGGUGGAAUUGGUAGUGACCUAUAGCAACACCUUCUUUGUGGUCCUCAUUGCCAUCCUUGUGCUGCUGGUCAUUGAUGCUGUACGUGAGAUUUGGAAGUAUGACGACGUGACAGAGAAGGUGAACCUCCAGAACAACCCUGGAGCUGUGGAGCACUUCCACAUGAAGCUUUUCCGUGCCCAGAGGAAUCUCUACAUUGCUGGCUUUUCCUUGCUGUUGUCCUUCUUGCUUAGACGCCUGGUGACCCUCAUCUCUCAGCAGGCCACGCUGCUUGCCUCCAAUGAAGCCUUUAAAAAGCAGGCAGAGAGCGCUAGUGAGGCAGCUAAGAAGUAUAUGGAAGAGAAUGAGCAGCUGAAGCAGGAAGCUGCUGGUGGUGGAAUCAAGUUGGAUGCCAGAGAGACGAAGUUGGAGUUAGCGAACAGUGACUUGCAGGCUGAGCUGAAGAAGCUGAAGGAUGAACUGGCCACCAACAAGCAAAAACUAGAGAAAGCUGAAAACGAGGCUCUGGCCAUGCGGAAGCAAUCUGAAGGCCUCACCAAGGAAUAUGACCGUCUGUUGGAGGAGCACUCGAAGAUGCAGAUGAAGAUAGAUGGUCCCACGGACAAGAAGGAGGAGUGAGGGCACCUCCUGUCCACCUGUGGCCGUGGCCUGGCCCAUGUUUGCUGCUUCCUGAGGGCCAGUCCUCCUUCGGUAUUUGCACUUCCUGUCCCUCACACUGCUUUCAGUUUCCUGUUCUCCCAGAACCGCACUGGGGCCUGGAUUUUCACCUGCUCAGGGUGAAAAGGCGGGCACCUGGAACCCUUGCAGUGGGGCUUGCUUCCUGCUGGGUUGAGCCCCUUUUUGUUGCUCGUUCAUGUUUGGGGUCCCAAGGCCCCUUUUCUCUGGUCCUGCAGGAGGGUGGGUGGAGCAGGCAGAGUAGUUUCUUUUGGCAAUAAAGGUUGUUAUGAAGUGUC